AUGAGCUCGGCGGCGUCCUGUCAGGCCACGCCCGCGGCCAGCUUCGCCCCACCCGUGGCUGUGCCCGUCCCCGCCCGUGUCGACGCGGCCGGCUCCGGCCCCGCACAUGCGCACCCGGCCUGCUCCGUCGCCGACUCGGCCAGCGCUGCCCCCGCCCGUGGCCGCUCCCCGCUCGUGGCCGUCGGCCGUCGGGGCAAGCGCCGCCCCGCCCAUGCCAGCCCCGCCCAUGCCCGACGAGGCCGGCGGCGCCCCGCCCAUGCCCGCUCCGCUCUGUGGCCGACGCGGCCGUCGGGGCAAGCGCCGCCCCCGCCCAUGCCCGCCCCGCCCGUGCUCGACGAGGCCGGCGGCGCCCCGCCCAUGCCCGCUCCGCCCGUGGCCGACGCGGCCGGCGGCGCCCGCCCUGUGCCCGCCCGCCCCGCCGGGUGCCCCGACGCGGCAAGCUCCACCCGUGGCCGUCGGGGCAAGCGCCGCCCCCGCCCAUGCCCGCCCCGCCCGUGGCCGACGCGGCCUUCCCGCGCAGCCCGGACGGCGAGCCCCCGCGCGGCGCGGCCGAGAGGCGAGGCGAGCUCCGUCCCCGCCCAUGCCCGCCCGUGCUCGCGCCCGUCGCGGCGAGCUCCGCCCACGACGGCGUGGCAAGCGGCCGGCGUCCGUUCCCGCGCCCGUGCUCCGUUUCGGCCGCCCUUGGCCGUGCCCGCCCUUGGCCGACGCGGCCUGCCCGCGCAGCCCGGACGGCGAGCCCCCGCCUGUGCCCGCCCGCCCCUGCCCGUGCCCGCCCUUGGCCGACGCGGCCUGCCCGCGCAGCCCGGACGGCGAGCCCCCGCGCGGCGCGGCCAGAGAGGCGAGGCGAGCUCCGUCCCCGCCCAUGCCCGCCCGUGCUCGCGCCCCGUCGCGGCGAGCUCCGCCCACGACGGCGUGGCAAGCGGCCGGCGUCCGUUCCCGCGCCCGUGCUCCGUUUCGGCCGCGGCGACCUCCGGCAUGGACGAAAAAAAGGGGUCGUCUUUAGCGGGGAGCCUCCACACGAGCUCGACGACGGCGGUUGGCCGGCGAGCCCUAUUCCGGUGA